CAGUGGAUAUCCGGCUCCAGUCAAAUGUAGGUGUCAUCUUUACCUUUUUUGCAUUUUGAUCUGGCUGGAAGUGGCAUAUUACCUGUCGUGUCUGAUCUGGCCAACUCAUUGAUGGGUAUCACCUGCUCAAUGUCUGGCAUCAAUCAAAUAUGAUGUUACCCUCACCCUUUCUUCCAAUGCAGCAUUUUGGUCUGGCCUGGCGUGUCAACUCAGCCUGUUAUGUUAUGUCACUGGAGCGCGCUGCUAGUCCGGAUUGGAAUUCUAUGCCAGUGCGUUGGGCUCUCCUGUGUAUGACAUGGUGCUUUAUCCCCCAAUGUACGUGCGGGGUCCCUUUGAAGCGUUCAAUCACACGCAGGACUUGGUCACCGCGACCGUCGUCUCAGUCUUCAAUGUCCAGCCUGUGAUGGCCGAGAUAGAAGCCCUCCGAAUAAAAUACCAGAACGCUCUUAAUUUUUUGACCGGCAAGAACCUCGUGGCGCUACCAGAUGCACUUUCAGACCCCGGGCUCGAUGCGCUGUCAGACGCAGUCCAGGCAAACAUGAGCUUUUCUGCGAUGAAUGCCGCUGCUCAGAGUGCAAUGGACCCCCUGACGGACGAGAUACAGAGGACCAUCAAUGUCCCGUUCCACGGCCCACUUGAAUUUGGGAAGAAGUCACAACAGCUCUCAGUAAUCUUUGACACGGGUUCUGGAGAUCUCUGGAUUCCUGCGGGCUGCGACGAUUGCGCGAGCCCGCAAUUCAAUGCUGCUGCGAGUUCAACGUACAGGAAUACUGGGAAUGUGUUCAAUGUAAAUUACGACGGUAUCAGUUAUGCAGAAGGGACUCUUGCGUAUGAUACGAUCGGCAUGGGUGGCUUAAAGGUCAACAACCAAUACUUUGGUGCUGUCACUGAUGUGUCGAGUAACUUCAAUACCGACCCGAUCUCCGGGUGUCUCGGGCUCAGUUUCAGCUCCAUUGCGACGUCAGGGAAGCCAACGUUCUUUGAGAACCUGAUCAUGCAGGAAAAGGUCGAAGCACCAUUCUUCUCUGUACAUUUGACGAGAGGAAAGGCGAGCGGGUCGAAGAUAACUCUGGGUGGCUACGACAUGUCCAAGGCAGUGGGACCUCUGACAUGGGUCUCAGUUAUUUCCAAGACCUACUGGACAGUGCAUUUUGACGGAGCUGUUGUUGAAGGGAACUACGUGUCUGGUGACGUCGAUGCGAUGAUUGACACAGGUUCUAGUUUUAUAUAUGUUUCACAGGCUUUGGCAAAUUCAAUCUACGCCAAUGUUAGUCUCUCGCUAUUUACUUCCCUCGCCACCUCGCUGACAAGUCGUAGAUACCCGGGGCUGGCCCCGCAGCAAACCUACAGCUCCGGCUUCUUUUCCUUUCCGUGCGACUCCAACCCCACGAUUUCAUUCUCGCUUGGCGGGCACGACUUCGGACUCAGUAUCCAGGAUUUUAAGCUCGGACAAGAUGGGUAUGGGUCAACAAACUGUAUUGGCGGGAUCAUUGGCCUGGACGAUGCAUUCAUGGAAGGAAUUGUCAUCAUCGGGAAUGAGUUUAUGAAAUCAUGGUACUCGGUAUUUGACUACUCGCACGGGGGGAGGGUGGGUUUCGCGCCUAGCAUCAACAAUGCGCAGUAA